AUGGAAGAAUCUCUUGAUCGUAGAUCUCUUCAAGAUUUUGUUGAUGGUUUUGUUGAUGCUGCUAAAUUUAAAUUUCAAGGAGUAUUAAGUAUUAAUGAUUCAGCUAUUCAUCAAAUUUGGUCUUUUUUUAAAACAAGAUAUCAACGGUUUUAUUCAUCUAGCGAAGAAGAAAAAGCACGUCUUCGUAUAUUUCGUGACCAUCUUAAAUAUGUAUUAGAAUCAAACCUUCAAAAAUUACGCACAUACCAAUUAGAAUUGAAUGAAUUUGCUGAUUGGACAUUAGCAGAAUUUAAUGCAUUAAAAAAAGGUUUAAAUGUUCCAGCUAGUUUACGACGAGAUUUAAUAGAUGAUGAACCAGAUGAAGAUGCAUUACGACGUAGUUUAACAAAACUAUAUCAACGUCAUCAUCAUUCAAGAAGAUUAAAACGAAAUUUGAACAAACUUCAACAUAAAGAUAGACGAUUCUGGCGUGAUUGGUUUGAUAAUUUUUUUAAUAAUGAUAAAAAUAAAAAUGAUACUAAUCAACAAACUAAUGUAUUUGAUUGGCGUACAAAAAAUCUUGUAAGUAGUAUUAAAGAUCAAGCUAAAUGUGGAUGUUGUUACGCAUUUGCUACGGCUGCAGUUCUGGAAACACUUUAUGCUUUAAAAACAAAAUCUCAAAAUGUUAUUGAAUUCAGUGCACAACAAAUAACUGAUUGUUCAAGUGGAAAUAAUGGUUGUAGGGGUGGCAAUUUUCCACCAAGUGUUCGUUAUUUAUCAGGAAAAGGUGGUAAAAUCGCUACACAUGCUUCUUAUCCUUUUGUAGGACAGCAACAAUCAUGUCGAACAAGUGGUAUUAAUGAAAUUGAUCUUGGUAAAGUUGAAUAUGUAGCAAUUCCUUUAGGAGAUGAAAAAAAAAUAGCUGAAUCGCUUACUAAUUAUGGACCAAUAUUUAUUGGAAUUGAUGCUGAUUCCAAACUUUUUAUGUUUUAUAAAAAUGGUAUACUUAGCAUAGAUAAUUGUCCAACUCGUCCACAAGAUAUGGAUCAUGCUAUGACUAUUGUAGGUUAUGGUUAUGAUCAAGCACUUAAAACACCUUAUUGGAUAAUAAAAAAUUCUUGGGGAACAAAAUGGGGUGAAAAUGGUUAUUUACGUUUAAUUAAAGAUGCUGGUAAUAUGUGUGGUGUUGCUUCUAUGGCAUAUUAUGGCAAACUAUCAUAA